AUGCCUGAAAAUAAUGAUGGUGCCAAAGUCUGCGCAGAAAAACAUGGGGAUAAUUGCAAUGAUGGGUCAGCUGGUUGCAUAAAUAAUGAGAUCAACAAUGGUGAUGAAGGAGAUGGGAUAGACAUAAACAUGUGUAUGAUGGGUUUGCAAGGAUGUGUAACUCGUAGGUAUUUCGUUUUUGUGAAAAAGGUUACUAUGAGGGAUUCACGCUUGUCAAGACCUGCCAUGGCAUCCACUAACCCGUCGUCAAUUAUUAGUGGCCACCUUUAUUCAACGGAUGAUAAAUUGAAGAGGGGAAGGCCCCUCCAUUGCUCAAGAAUGCUUGUGAAGAUGUUGCAAUUGUUUGCAUGCGCAGGUGUUCCCCUUGGCUUUAGCAAUAGCGCAUGGCGGCAUGAUUCCCAUAGCCCCCAUGUUCUUGGGACAUCCGAUGCAGGGGCAGACAAUGCCCUGCUCCUUCUAGCAGUGCUGCCUCAUACUCCUCCUCUUCUCGGAACAUCCGACAUGGCUGCUGACACUGCCCUGCACCUUCCAGUAGUACUACCUCCUACUCAUCCUCUUAUCAGAAUAUGCGACAUAGCUGCCGGCGCUGCCUUGCAUCUUCCAGCGUGCUGCCUUCUACUUCUCCUCUUCUCGGAACAUCCAACAUAG